GGUGACCGCGCGCAGCUGGCCCCGGCUGUGUGGGCUCGCGGCUCUUGACAGAUGGAGCUGCUCUGACUCGGGAUCGGCGCUGACAGCAUUUCGGACGUUGAGGGGAAAAAACAAAACAAAUCAGGACGGAAAUCCGGGUUUCCAUCUGCAAUGACAUCCGAACAGAGCGAAAAUGGAGAAAACUCGACGAACUCGCAGAGCGAAAUGCUGAUCAACCAGCUGAGGGAGAUCACUGGCAUCCAGGACCCACAGAUCCUCUACAGGGCCUUGAAUGCCAGUCAGGGUGAUGUUGGACAUGCAGUUGGACUGCUAACAGCACAGCCCGCAGAGCUUCAGGAUCCUGGAGAACCUCAGGAGUCAGGGAACCCUGAAGAGGCCUGGGAGGGCCAGAAAGGGAUUCCUAAAGAUGAACUGCAGACCGCCAUCGAACUCAGCCUGCAGGAGUCCCAUAACGCCCAGGAGGAGGAGAGAGAAUUUCACAGGGCUCUGGAGGCCAGUGCCGAGGAGAGCGCAGCGAGAAUGAAGAGGAAGCGCUGCGAAGCCCAGAGCGACAUGUGCAGCCCCUCGGACUGGGUACGUCAGGGCGAGUGGCCUGUGGGCAUCCGCAACGUGGGCAACACCUGCUGGUUCAGCGCCGUCAUACAGUCAUUGUUCCACCUGCCUGUGUUCAGGAGGCUGGUGCUCAACUACCACCUGACUGAGCGACUGCUGGAGAAGUGUAAGAGCCACUCAGACAAAAGGAACAUUGCGUUCAUGCAGGAGCUGCGCUGCCUCUUUGCCCUCAUGGUGGGCUCCACCCGCAGGUUUGUAGAUCCCUCUGCUGCCGUGGAGUUACUGAGAGAAGCCUUCAGGACCAAUGAGGCCCAGCAGGAUGUCAGCGAGUUCUCCCACAAACUGCUCGACUGGCUCGAAGAUGCAUUUCAGUUGGCUGCCAGUGGAAAUAACGUGGAAGACAAACAGAAAAACCCCAUGGUGCAGCUCUUCUAUGGCACGUUUGUGACAGAGAGAAGACAUGAAGGUAGCACGUUUUGCAACACAGAGCAGUUUGGCCAGUAUCCGCUUCAAGUCAACGGCUUCAACAACCUGGAUGAAUGUCUCGAAGGAGCGAUGGUCGAGAAGGAGAUCGAGUCUGUCCAUUCGGAUCACGGUGUCACAUCCGGUCGUGAGAGAUGGUUCAAAAAGUUACCGCCAGUCCUGACGUUCGAGCUGUCAAGGUUUGAGUUCAACACCCAGCUCGGUCGUCCGGAGAAGAUCCACAAGAAACUGGAGUUCCCGCAGAUCAUUUACAUGGACAGAUAUCUUCAUAAAAACAUAAAGCAGACCAAUGAGAGAAGAAGUGAAGUGAAAAGACUUAAGGAGCAACUGGCAGUCCUUCAGCAGAAAUUUGAGUGCUACAAAAACUACGGCUCGGGACCGAGCAAGUAUCCUCUGGCGGACAUGUUGCAGUUUGUGUUGGAGUUUGCGACCACCAAGCCCACGAAUCUAUCCCCAGCUGAAGAUCUGAGACUCGCGGCAUCUUCACCGACUCCUGCAAACCACCCUCUCAGUGAACCUGUCUCCAACAGUGAACCAGCGGACACAGACUCACCUGACGGCCUGCUUUCCGGUGUUUCCAGUUGCCAGCGGACGCCGAUAUACAAGCCCUUCACGCAGUGCAGACACCCGGUGGACUGCUCGCCGCACCCGGCGCCGCACAGCGUCACCGACGAGGAGCUGCACUUUGUGAAGACCUGCCUGCAGCGGUGGAGGACGGAAGUGGAGAGCGACAUAAGCGAGCUAAAGGCCAACAUCGACAGGCUCUCGCAGAAACUGGAGGGCAUCUACGCGGACAACAGUCUCUGCCAGGUUCCCUACAGACUCCACGCUGUGCUCGUGCACGAAGGCCAGGCGUCGGCGGGCCAUUACUGGGCCUACAUCUACGACCACGGCAACCAGCGCUGGAUGAAGUACAACGACAUCUGCAUCACCGAGUCGGCGUGGGAGGAGCUGGAGCGGGACUCGUUCGGCGGCAUGACCAACGCCAGCGCCUACUGCCUGAUGUACAUCGACGACCGGCUACCCUACCUCAUCACAGAAGACACCGAUGAUGAGACAGGCCAGGUGUUGCAUGGCAUGGACUCCCUGCCGCCCGUCCUCAAACGCUUCGUCCAUGAAGAUAACCGCUGGUUCCAGCAGGAGCUCAGUGAAUGGGAAGAGCAGUUCUGUCAGACAGCAACGCCACAGGAGGAGUCCGCUGCUGCUGCUGCUGCUGCUGCUUCUGCUUCUGCAGAGUCGCCUGAUCCUGGACCCGACAGUGCGGAGCAACAACCUGUUGAGCCAGCACCUCAGUCAGGACCCAGCAGUGAAGAGCUGGACCAGGGAGCUGCUUCAGAACCACAACCAGAUCCAGAAGUGGAGAAGGAUCCGGAGACAGAACCGGAAGAGAAGCCUGAAGAGGAAUCAGAGUUAACGCCGCCGCCGUCGUCACAGAGCGAUGGCUGCCAGCCAGACGACAGUGGCAGUACAGCAGCAGUCACCGACACCACGGCGAUGAAUCAGAGCUCCACUCCAGCCGAGAAGGAGACGCAGGAGAGUCAGACGCCUGAUCCCGAAGCAGAGCUUAGCAGCCAGGAGUCGUCUGACCUCCACGAGGAUAAAGGAGACACUGAGGCGACGGGCUGCAGCUCGGAAAAAACAGAAACCGAGCCGGAGGCUCUGAGAGAAAAUCCUGAGCGUGAGGCUGAGCAGGAGGGCGAGGGGGAGGAGCAGCAGCAGCAGCAGCAGCAGGAGGUCCCAGUGAGACCACGACGGACCGAGAACGAGGUCUCGGAAGUGGAGAUCCCCAACGUGGGCAGGAUCAUGGUGAGAGCGGAUGCUGAUGGAUACAACGAAGAGAUGAUGCUGACUCCAGCGAUGCAGGGUGUGAUUCUGGCCAUAGCCAAGGCCCGACAGAUUUUUGACAGCGAAGGCCCCGAGGCGGGCCUCAUCAAGGCUUUCCACGAGGAGUAUUGUCGCCUGCAUGAACUCUCCGAGGAGGAGACGACGCCUCAGGAGGACGCUCGUCUGCAGCACUCUCUCGUCUACUUCUUCCAGAAUGAGGCGCCCAAGCGCGUCAUCGAGAGGACGCUGCUGGAGCAAUUCACGGACCGCAACCUGAGCUUCGACGAGAGGGGCAUCAGUAUCAUGAGGGAAGCCCGUGCCAAGCUGCGCCUCAUCAAGCCCGAAGACAUGGACAUGGAUGAAUAUCUGCAGUGGCACGAUGAAUACAGGCUGUUCAGGACGGUGUUCGUCUACCUGCUCACGGGGCUGGAGCACUACCAACACGGGAAAAUGAAGGAGGCGCUGACGUACCUGGCGCACGCGUACGAGACCAACGCCAGCCUGCUGAAGAACGGCGAGAAGCGUGGCGUGGACAAGUCUCUGAUUGCAGUUUACAGGAGGAAAUGUCUCACUACGUUGAAUGAGAGCGCUUCGCGGCUGUUCGGCAGCGGCGAGGAGAGCAAAGUGGAGGAGGGCGUCGCCAUCAUGGACGACGCCGUCAUCCCCUGCCUCCACCUGAUGAGCCGUGACUCGGCUUUGUCCCAGGACGACCGGGACGCCAUGGAGAGCAUCCGCAGCCACUGGUGCUGCUGUCUGGGCCAAGACAUGGAGGACUCACUGCAGGUGAAGCUGGGUGAGUUGCUUCCCCGGGUCCUGGACGGCACGUCGGAGACCAUGGUGCUCAAAGACCCCCCUAAAGUCCACGUGAACCAGGCCCACGACCUGUGCAGUCGCCUGGCGGCCGUCAUGGAGUCCCUUCACAACACCACGAUAGUCACCGUCAAGUAAAGUCCGAAAUGAAACCUCCUUCAGCCGUGCGCUGCCACUGCGAGCGCCGUGGGCGAUAGACUGUUCGGACUGUGGGGAUGAGACAUUGGUUUAGUUUUUACUAGGCUCUUUUUUUAUCAGCUGGUUUUGGUUUUGCACAUAAGCAUGAUUUUGACAUGUCAAGAAAAGCACUCGUUAGGGAUUCAUAGAGGAUUGAUCAUGGCUGUCACACGAUGACUACGUGCUCAUUGCAACAGCAUUGCCAUAUCAAGACAUUAAAGCUUUUUCAGUUCAUUUCUAAUCAUGCUUACAAAAAAUCUACUUGAAAGUCUAAUUUUGAAUCUUUUAGCACAAGAAGCUCCCUUUUCUAAAAAAAACAAACAAAUAUUGCAGUAUCUUCUAUGACCUGCAGAAGUGGCAGCCUGUAACAUCACAAGUAAAUAUACUUAUUUUUUAACGUCUUCAGGUUCCUUAAAAGCACAUUACUUAUAUACAUAAACACAACACAUAUGUACAUAUGUAACAAUUUACUCUCUGUAGCUGUAUCCAGCUUCUUUUCUGCGUUGCACUCGCUAUGAGACGAUGAAAACGACCCGCUGAACGCAUGACGACUUGACAGCAGCUGAACAACGAAGCCUUAAAGGUGCAGUGUGUUGAAUUUGGUGGCAUGAAAACAGGAUUUAACAUUUCAUUACUUAUGUAGUCUUACCCAAAAUUGCGAGAUGAUGUUGUUGUUGUUUACCUCACAAUGAGCAGCCCUUUGUAUCACACUGACCUUUUUCAAUACUAUACAUGUCGAGAUGUUGGCUGAACUGACUGAAAUGGUACUUUAUUGUAUUGACACCCAGAUGAUGCGAUCGGGAGUCGAAUUACUACUGCAUUUAUAUGCUCAGCCGGACCUGAGUCAGACUCACAUUGGCCCAGAGGACCUGCUUAUGUGCCACAGUCCUCUCGAAGCUCUGUAAUGCUAACAACAGAGGUCGACAUUGAUUCGUUGAAAUACACCAGACUCUUCUUUUGAAAUGAGAUUAACACAUGUUUUGGGAUUUUUAAGUCUUUUUAACUGAUCUGCAGUUUGGCAUCGUUCGGUUUGAAUCCUGUGUCGGACGUCGUGCUCAUGACUCUUCCAGUGACAACACUCUCUGACCAAUCAGUGGCCGGCAGUCUGUUGACAUCACUAUUUUAGUAUCGGCUCAGCUUGUUUGGAACAAGCCAAGCUGUGCUAGAACUGUAUAAUGGAAAAGCACCACAGUAGAACUUGGCUGUUGUUACGGUUUCUGCAAAACCACACAGCUCAGUGCCUGUUUGAGUAUUAGUUGCAGUUUUCUCAUUUCUCUCAUGCCACUGAAUCCUACAUACUGGUCCUUUAAAUCGAACUGACAUUCUGGAAAAACAAAAAAAAGGUUCAUAUAGGGAUGUGUUAAACUGAUGGUGUAAACUUUUAACACUGUCAAUGACUGGAGGAGUUGCAGCCUGUUGCUCAACUCUGCAGGGUAGUGACGAGGCUGCUGAUGAGCUGAAUGUGUUGCCGAGCAGUGAACACAGCACCAUAAGCCUUUAUUCAAGGCUUAAAAAAACCCACUGGACUUGUACUUGCACAGUAAACAAAUACCACGUUAGCUUUUUUUAAAUGUAUAUGUUGUAUUACUUUUUCCAAAACAGAUUCUCAAAACAAAACAAGAAUCCACUCUUAGAUGAAGUUCAGAUACACGUGAGUGCUUGUUAUGCAUAAUAAUUAAAGGCAGAAUGCUCUGUUUCAAACAUUGAGGUCAGUGCAUCUGUGAACCGGGUCUAAUAAUACAUGGCGACUCUUCUUUGUGAAUCCUGUUGAACAGAUGUGCCUUAUCUGCCUUUUUCUUUUUUCUUUUUUUUUAAACAUGUCAGUCCUUUGAAAGGAAAGACGUGGACGGGAGGAGAAUGGUGUGUGUGUGAUUGUGAAAAUCAGUAUGAAUAAAUCGUGUAGUAGCCACCUCUGCAGAGCUGCUGAUCCCACAAUGCCUUUUUCACUUGUAGUCUGUGAUGAUAUUAAUAAAUAUUUUAAAUAUGAAUCGUC